GCCGGAGUGUGGCCUGGGCGGUGGCGAGCAGGAGGCGCCGCGGCCCGGCCGGAGCCCGAGGGAGCCGGAGAUGGCGGCGGCGGCCACCGAGGCCGUGCACCACAUCCACCUGCAGAACUUCUCCCGCUCGCUGCUGGAGACGCUCAACGGGCAGCGGCUGGGCGGCCACUUCUGCGACGUGACGGUCCGCAUCCGCGAGGCCUCGCUGCGCGCCCACCGCUGCGUGCUGGCCGCCGGCUCGCCCUUCUUCCAGGACAAGCUGCUGCUGGGCCACUCGGAGAUCCGCGUGCCGCCCGUGGUGCCCGCGCAGACGGUGCGCCAGCUCGUCGAGUUCCUGUACAGCGGCUCGCUCGUGGUGGCGCAGGGCGAGGCCCUGCAGGUGCUCACGGCCGCGUCGGUGCUGCGCAUCCAGACGGUCAUCGACGAGUGCACGCAGAUCAUCGCGCGCGCCCGGGCCCCGGGGGCGCCCCUGCCCGCGCCCGUGCCCACGCCGCUGGCCCCCGCGCAGCUGCGCCACCGCCUGCGCCACUUGCUGGCCGCGCGCCCCGCCGGCCACCCCGCGCCCGGGCACAGCCGCAAGCAGCGCCAGCCCGCGCGCCUGCAGCUGCCCGCGCCGCCCGCGCCCGCGCCCGCGCCCUCGCCCGCGCCCGCCAAGGCCGAGGCGGGCCCCGACGCCCUGGCCGUGGCGCUGCCCGCCGCCCCGGACCGCGCCGGCGACGAGGACGAGGACGACUCCGAGGACGACUCCUCCGGCGAGGACGGGGAGGGCAGCGGCCUGGGGCUGGGCCUGGGCGAGGGCCCGGCCGCCGCCGCCUUCGCCGACUGCGCCCGGGAGGAGGAGCCGCCCGACUACCCCGGCCUCCAGCGGGGCGCCCCGGCCCAGGAGGCCUUCCCCGACGGCUACGCGGCCGCCUGGCCGGAGGAGGAGGCCUGUCCCCCCGCCGCCGCCGAGACCCCGGCGCCGGCCGACUGCGCCCUGGCGGGACCCCGGCCGCCCAGCGCCAAGACCCCGGGGGCGCCGCUCACGCUCUUCCCCUUCCACCUGGGCGCGCCGGGCCCGCCGGUGCCCGCCGGCGCCGCCCCCGCGGCCCCGCCGGCCUUCUACCCCGCGCUUCAGCCCGACCCGGCCCCCGGCGCCCCUCUGGGGGAAGCCCCGGCGCCGCCGCCGCCCGCCGCCGCCACCGCCGCCACAUCUGCCGCUGCGGCGCGCACGCCGGGGUCCGAGCCGCCCGCCUACGAGUGCACCCACUGCCGCAAGACCUUCAGCUCCAGGAAGAACUACACCAAACACAUGUUCAUCCACUCCGGCGAGAAGCCGCACCAGUGCGCGGUGUGCUGGCGGUCCUUCUCCCUGCGCGACUACCUGCUCAAGCACAUGGUGACGCACACGGGCGUGCGGGCCUUCCAGUGCGCCGUGUGUGCCAAGCGCUUCACCCAGAAGAGCUCGCUCAACGUGCACAUGCGGACGCACCGGCCGGAGCGCGCGCCCUGCCCGGCCUGCGGCAAGGUCUUCUCCCACCGCGCCCUGCUCGAGCGGCACCUGGCGGCGCACCCCGCACCGUGACGGGCCAGGAUGUCGCCGCACCCCGCCUCACCUCUCCCCUCCCCGGCUGCUGCCCCUUCCUUCCAGACCCAGCUCUCCCCGCACAUGCAGCCGUGGGGACGGGGGACGGGGUGGAGGCUGGGACCAUUCCUUUCCUGUGCGGGGCUCUGGGUACUGACCCCCGACACCCACCCAGCGAACCCCUCCUCCGUCUGGUCCUCCAGGGCUGGGCACCCCCACUUUGUAAUAAAGGACUGUGGGUCUGGACUCCCGGACUGGC